GAUCUUUAAUGGUUUUUGUACCAGUGUCCUUUGCCUUACUCUAGGUAGGCAUUAUCUGUCGGGUAAUCGUGUCGGUGGACCAGGUAGUGUGCCUGUUUACAUUUUAUCCUCAUUGGAACACAUGUGUCUACAAAUUGAAGGCGGAGCAAGUGUCUGAUUUGAUAUCCGACAUCAGUUAGGGGCAGGGCGUCUGUCAGCCUAGGCGCGAACUGAGCCAUACAUCAGCCGGCAUCAGCCAAUCAGCGGGCGCGGUCGAGCCAAGGGCUUUGUCGGGACGGUAGGUGGUAGUGUUUACAACAUGGUUAGUAUCAACUAAUUCAUUUUGUAUUAAUGUUUAGGCUUUUGUCCCAUGUAAGAAUAUGUAGCGUGUUUAACCCAGUAAAAUGGUAGCGUUGGCUUGAUGUACUUGGGAUUCCGUUAAGUGAUAAAAGUGUGAACCAGCACGGUACAAAGUGGACUUUCUUAACGUUUGGAUAAUCAGUGACCUCCGGACCUGACUGCGGACAGAGGACAGACACAGGGCCAGUCACCGGACCAUGUCCUUACCCCAGUUCGCUCCAUACCCGUUUCCUGGUCCUUCGUCCGUCUCAACCUCACCGAUGCCGGGUCCAGGAUCGUCUGCGGCCGGCCCCCGGGGCUGUUGUGAAAAUGGUCGCCCUAUUAUGACUGACCCACACACCGGUCAAACAAUAUGCUCGUGUCAGUACAGUUCUACCCUCCUCAGCUACUCCCGGGUACCGGGUAUCGCGGACGGGGUGUACGGAAGUCCACCAUAUGGACCCGCCCAGGGCUAUAUGCCCCUGGGAUCGGAGAGCUCUGCUUUCUAUUCACCAUUGACCGGAGGAGCAUUUGACACUAAAGACGGAGCUGAGGCGUGGAGAAGCCUCACCCAGCCCGGGGCAUGCUUUCCAUAUGAUCCGGCAGUGGCAGUAUAUCCAUACGGCACAGGAUAUGGUGGUAUAGAUUUAAACGCAAGAAGAAAAAAUGCCACGCGUGAGACAACAAAUACUCUAAAGGCCUGGUUAUAUGAACAUAGAAAAAAUCCAUACCCAACAAAAGGUGAAAAAAUAAUGUUAGCCAUUAUUACAAAAAUGACACUAACACAGGUAUCAACGUGGUUCGCUAAUGCAAGAAGAAGACUUAAAAAGGAAAAUAAAAUGACAUGGUCACCACGUAACAGAUCAGAGGAUGGUACAGAAAACGACGAUAACGAUGAUGAUUGUGACAACAAAGAUGACGACGAUGAUGAUUUGGACUUGUCGUGCAACGGGAGUUCUAGUGAGGGACCGUUAGACCUCGGAACAAAACCGAACUUAGAUUCAUCAGAGUCGGAACAAGGGAAACCACAAAUUAAAGAAAGAAUGAUCAACGUGGAUGAUGACUGCGAUGAUGAUUCAAAUUUGAGUUUUAAAGACAUUGAGGAUUUAGAUCCCGUCCGAACACCAGCUCGACGGGAGAGUGCGCGCGCAGACGAUAGUGACGAUGAUUCUCAAGCCCCGAGUAUAGGUGGAGAUUCCCGGUGUAGUGAGUUGGCAUCCCCAACACUUCCUAGGGGUUCAGAAUGUAGAUCGGAGACAAUCCCAUCAGACAACGAUUCUGAGACUCAAACGAGACCCAAAAUUUGGUCUGUGUCAGAAUUCCUCAACUCUUCAACAAGCAGUGCUAGUGACACUUCUAAAUCCGAACCGCGGAUAACCAAACCAAUCUCCCAACCGCAUGGUGGUCCUGGAUUUUUCUACCUCCCAUCCUCGAAAAACUCUCUGAGCUCUGGUAGAUUUGCAGCAUUUGGGGCGUACCCUUUGUCCUUUAGUCACACGACGCUCUCCUACCCUUAUUCACUUACGUCCCAUACAGCGUCAAAGGCAGGAAUCAUGUGUUCCACGUCAAGGAUACAAGGGCCGGAAAACCUCUCCACUGGCGGUCCUGACAAAAUACUGAGAUCUCAAAACGGACUCUUUUCACCAGCUAGAGAUAUUGAUGUUGUAAAACACUCGGGUAAAUUCUAAAAAUAUAAUAUGUUACAUUAAAUGUGAAAGCUUGAUAAUGGA